AUGUUUAAAUAUUCGGUUAUUUUGAUUUAUACUUGUGUAGUGUGUGCUGAAUACAAGACUUCCACCACAACAACAAUAUACGAUAUUGACGUACCCGGAUCCAAUCCCAUCAGAAUUGUGGAAGGUGAACCACUAUGGAAAAGUGAUGAAAAUCGUCCACCUUCAAAUUUCGAGCACAGAUCUUUUAAUGGAUUUACAACAAUAUCCAGUCAAACUAAUUUGAAUUAUCCCACGGAAGAGGAAAACGUUGAAUUUGCUCCUGUUGCUUUGCAAGAAUUUCUGACUAACUAUGCUAACAUGGUUAAAAAUAAUAAGACUGAACAAACUGAUGACUCUGAUAAGUUUGAAAGUGUUGAUCUUAUUACCCAGCCAUCAGAUACACCUGAAGAAAAAUCUAAAAGCUGGAACAUAAUGAAUUACGAAACACAUAAGCAUCCUUACGAAGACAAACAAGGAUGGGUAUCUUUGGAGCCUGUACCAUGGUCUGUAUCAAAAAUCUCUAAAUGGAAACCUAACGUGAGACCUAGUCAAAAGCCUUGGAGCGACUAUGGAUCCAACGAUCAACCGUGGGAGAAUGAUUUUGCCGAGUUUCCAUCAGAUCAAAAUACUGGUUUUAAUAUUAAACCUCAAAGGCCAAACUCUUAUUUUGAUAAACCAACUUCACAGUACGGAUUAGAACAAAGCAACAUAAACAAGUUUGGCUCAUACCAAUACAAAAAACCUUCUUUUCCGAAACCUACUGCUGUCUACUCACACAAAGUUCAGUUGCGACCAAGUUUUAGUGAGACCAGUCAUAAAACUCCCCUUCAAAUUAGUGGUUACUACAAAAAUGAAGAAAAUGAAUCAAAUAAGAGAAAUGACAUUAUCACCGAUGGAUUACCAGCUAACUUUCCCACUGCAUUCCGAGAGUCUUUAAGAAGAAGGGGCACUGAAAUUCAUCCCGAAACGCAUCCAGCAAAUGGAGAAGGCGAAUGGGUAUUGCUCUCGACCACAAAAGGCUACAAAUAUCCGAAGCAUCGUCAAAGAUCAUUGGAGGUGAAGCCACAAUCUUUGGGCAUUCACAGGUCCUUAAGACUCACAGUGCUACCUCCUUUAAAAAACUCCAAAGUUAACAUGACUACUUCGCACGGAGGCCUAUUACAAGUAGAAUCCAGUUUCGAAACAGUCGAUCAAGCACAGAAAAAGUACGCGAAGAAGCAAAAACUGAAGAAGAAACCCAACAAACGCCCAUUUAAAAAUCAAUUAAUCAACAAAAAAGGUGCCAACACCAGAACUCCAGUGCAGAUCGUUUUGCCGACGAUGGCGUCAGUUCCCAGAAGAUCCACCGGUUCGGAUACUUCCGCAGUUUUAGCUGCCGUGGGAGCCGGAAUGAUACCAGCAACAAUGGCCAUGCUGGUGCCAAUGGCAAUGAAUGGACGAAGAAAGCGCGACACUUCGUUCGUAACAAGUAAUCCCUAUUCCAGCGUUGAAAUCACAUUACCCCGGAACAUAUAAAGUGCAUUCAAGUUAUUAAUAUACUUAUUAUAAUAAAUUAAUUUAUUUCUUAAAUUUAGAGAUAUCUAGACGAUACGACAUAUUCAGUUACUUGAAGUUUACAAUAUUUGUAAGUGUACUAUAAAACGUUUACCGUUGGUUUUUAAGACCAU